AUGAAUUGGUUGUAAUAAUAAAAAGAUGAACAUGAAAGCAUUUUUAAUAAUGGAGAACACUUUUGGUUACCAACCAAAAUGCAAGAAAACCAGUUAAAUCUAAUUUUCUUAGGCAAGGCAUUUCAAAAACAAGUUAAAUCUAGAAAGUGGGGAGUUGUACAUUUAGAAUUAUAUGUUGGCAAAUUGGUAAAAAAUUGCAAAUAUUUAAAAGAGAUUAAAUAUUCUGAAUCCUCAUUUCAACCUUAUAAGCACGGGUUUAGAUUACAUUAAGGUAAACAUAGAGCAGAAUUCUUUACAGAAAGUCAAGAUUAUUAUGAAAAAUGGCAAUCUGCUUUGAAAGAUAUUGUAUUCUAACCAAAUUUAACAAAAAAUACAAACUUAUUUGCAAACAUAAUUAAACCAGCCUUAUCCAGCUUGUACAUAUAAAGCGGAACGAAAUUCUGA